CCCUUCCGGAGAAGAUGGCGGAGCGGGCGGAGAUGUUCUCUCUGUCCACCUUCCACGCGCUGUCGCCGCCCGGCUGCAGGCCUCCCCAGGACAUAAGCCUGGAAGAAUUUGAUGAUGAAGACCUGUCCGAGAUCACCGAUGACUGUGGCCUGGGCCUCAGCUACGACUCAGACCACUGCGAGAAGGACAGCCUCUCCCUGGGGCGUUCGGAGCAGCCGCACCCCAUCUGCUCCUUCCAGGAUGACUUCCAGGAGUUUGAGAUGAUCGAUGACAAUGAGGAUGAGGAUGAGGACGAGGAGGAGGAGGACGAGGAUGAGGAGGAGGGAGGUGGGGAGGGCGAGGAGGAGGGAGGCCCUGGCUCAGAGGCCCCUGCCCCAGACACGGCAGACGUCAAGUACACGCUGGUGGUGGACGAGCACACGCAGCUGGAGCUGGUGAGCCUGCGGCGCUGCGCCGGCCUGGGCCGCGACAGCGACGACGACAGCGGCGAGGCCAGCGAGGAGGACGCGGGCGCCGCGCGGCCGGACAGCUCGCCCGACAGUCCCGACCUCACCUUCUCCAAGAAGUUCCUCAACGUCUUCGUCAACAGCACGUCUCGGUCCUCCAGCACCGAGUCCUUUGGCCUCUUCUCCUGUCUGGUCAAUGGGGAGGAGAGAGAGCAGACUCACCGGGCCGUCUUCAGGUUUAUCCCCCGCCAUCCGGACGAGCUGGAGCUGGAUGUGGAUGAUCCGGUGUUGGUGGAGGCCGAGGAGGACGACUUCUGGUUCCGCGGCUUCAACAUGCGCACGGGGGAGCGCGGUGUGUUUCCUGCCUUCUACGCCCAUGCUGUGCCCGGCCCUGCCAAGGACCUGCUGGGGACCAAGCGGAGCCCCUGCUGGGUGGAACGUUUCGACGUGCAGUUCCUGGGCUCUGUGGAGGUGCCCUGUCACCAGGGCAAUGGCAUCCUGUGUGCAGCCAUGCAGAAGAUUGCCACCGCCCGGAAGCUGACUGUCCACCUGCGCCCUCCUGCCUCCUGUGACCUCGAGAUCUCUCUGCGGGGGGUCAAGCUGAGUCUGAGUGGAGGGGGGCCUGAGUUCCAGCGCUGCAGCCACUUCUUCCAGAUGAAGAACAUCUCAUUCUGUGGCUGCCACCCCCGCAACAGCUGCUACUUUGGCUUCAUCACCAAACACCCCCUGCUGAGCCGCUUUGCCUGCCAUGUCUUUGUGUCCCAGGAGUCCAUGAGGCCAGUGGCCCAGAGUGUGGGCCGUGCCUUCCUGGAGUACUACCAGGAGCACCUGGCCUACGCCUGCCCCACGGAGGACAUCUACCUGGAGUAGCAGGAACCUGCCCACCGCUCUCGACUCCUGCCCCGUCUGCUCCAGGCACAGCCCCGGCCGGGGGUGUCUCACGAGGCCACCAUGGCUUUAGCAAGGACUGGAUUGGGGGCGCGUUGGGCCUUAUGUUUGUGGGAGUCCUCGGUCCCCAGGGCACGGUGUGGGAGCUGCCGGGGGGUAUGUGGAACCCCCGCACCCCACUUUCCCUCUGAUCCAUUCUUUCUCUCUGUCGUCCCCAUCUGCCCCCUCAUUUCUCUCCUUGUGUUUCUCUACCCUUUUCUGUACCUGCAAACCUUGCCACCCUCUGCUCUUUAUUUUGGGGUCAACUCCUGGGGUGCAGAGGAAGGUGAGUCUCUAGGUGACUGCUGAGGUCAGACUCCCAAGCAACCCCUCCCGCCCCUCCCCUGUGAUUUAUAAGAGAAUUUUAAUUUUUAUAGUUAAUCUCAAGGGAUCAUCCCAUGCUGGACCACAGGGACAAAAAAAGGGGACCCCCCCCAUGGAGCUCAGGGGGAAGCAGGGAGGGGCUCCCAAAAGAGCCUUGGGGAGAAUAGGAGUGGCUCUUGAUGGUCACCCGAGCCCCCAGACGCUGCUAGGGGGAGGCUGUCCCCCAUCCCCCACCGUCCUCGCUUUGCCGCUGCUGCCACAUCCCCUGCCCAGGGCAUCUGCCCCGCUGCGCCCCACGCUGUGCACAUGGGCCCUGCCCACGGCCUCAAUAAACUCUGCUUGGUGUGA